UUCACGUGCCUCGGCGACACGUCGCUAGCGCUUUGUUGCCUUUGACGUUUGACACAUCACAUUAGUUGUAGUCAGCAACGCUUUGACUAUUGGACAGUAAUCGCCACAAGGAAAACGACCUUGUCUGCAACACAACUGAGUAGGACUUGAACGCAACGCCCGUUCAGGGCCGCGAAACAUUCAGACGGGUGUCGCUCGUCGCUUGCCGCCUGGACAAUGUUGCCAGGGGCGACUCUUACGUCGCCCGUACGAGCACCACUGCAUGCUGGACAUGGCGCCAUGCUAGCCAGUCCAACCGGGCGUACUGCCACCCCCCGACUCGCCCGCAAGCAUGCGGGCCGGGCGUUGUGGGUUCCAGCCGCUGCAGCUGAGGCACAUCUUCCUGCAAAUGAGGCGACAUUACACACGGUUCAGAGCGGCGAGACACUGGCGCAGAUAGCGCUGGCGUACGGAGUGUCCGUGGAGCAAAUCCAGGAGGCCGCUCCCAAGGGCCGCACCAAGCGCGCAUCCUCCCUGCGCCAGGACUCCGCGCUGCAGGCGGGACAGCAGCUGGUCGUGGCCAGCGAGCAGCGGGCCAGCGCUGCGGCGCCGGGGGCGGCGGCGGGCGGCGUGGCGGGCUUCCUGGGCCAGCACGGCCCAGCGAUGGCGGCGUGUGUGGGUGGCGCGCUGCUGGCGGCUAGGGCGGUCAAGGCCCUGUCGCCCAAGGCGGAGGCCAAGGCGGCGCCAGCGCCGACGGCUGCGGAGCCGGCACCGGCUGCUGCAAACGCGCCGUCCGCGGUGGCGCAAGUCCGCGCGCUGCUGCAGGACGCAGCGGUGGAGAUGCAGGCCGUGGAGGCGGCGCUGGCGGCGGUCCGGCGCGCAUCCGCGUCGCCGCCCUUGGCGGAUGUGCCCGCGGCCGCUGCGGCAGUGGCGGCACCGGAGCAGGCUGCUCCUACCGUGGAGGCUGCCGCUGCGCCUGCGCUCGCUGCUGAGCCCACCAUUGAGGCCGCCGCCCCUGCUGAGGAGGUGGCUGCACCUGCCGCACCGGGGACCGCGGAGGCGCCCGCGGCCGUGGCGGCUGAGGGCACCGUUGAGGCGGCCGCCGCUGAGAGCACCGUCGAGGCGGCCGCUGGGGGCACCGUUGAGGCGGCCGCCGCCGAGGCCGCCGCCGUGCCUGCCGCUGAGGCGCCCGCUCCCACCGCCGCCGCUCCCACCAAUGCUGCCGCACCCGACGCCAUGAUCGAGGAGACGGCGGCCCUGGACACGUCGGCCCAGGUGGCGGCGGCGCGUGUUCGUGUGCAGGCGGCCCUGGAGGCCGCGCGGGCCCUCAUGCUGUCCGUGCCUCUGCCCGCGGAGGGAGUGGCGGCGGCGCCUGGCGUGGCCGGCGCUGACGGGGGCGCUGCGCUGGCGGCGGCGCAGCUGCCUGUGAUGGCGGCUGAGGCGCUGGAGGUAGUGGUUCGGCCCAUGGGCGUGGAGGCGGCGGGGCAGGUGCUGGACCGCAUCCGUAGCAUCAAUCAGAUCCUGGAGCAGGAGCAACAGCGCGCCGAUGCGCAGCGCGUGUCGUCCAGUGUGGAGGUGGCGGCGGCGGUGGAGACCACCGCCGAGGUGGUUGACGGCGCCGCCAGGGCUGCAGCGGAAGCAACUGCCGCCGCCGCCGAGGCCGCGCCCAAGGCGGUCGCCGAGGCCGCCGCACCCGCCGUCGAGGCGGUGGGCAUCCUGACCCGGGCCGCCGUCGACGCCACGGCCGCAGCGGCGGAGUCCGCGCCGGAGCAGGUGGCCGACGCGGCGAAGGAAGCGGUGGCGGCAGCGGCCAGGGCCGCCAAUGACACCGUGGCGGCGGCGGUGGACGCCGCCAUAGGUCUAGCCGGCAGCGCCGCCGCCACCACACAGGAGGCGGUGGCGGCGGUGACGGGGGCGGCCGUCAGCCUGACGGCCUCCUUCGAGGAGACCACCGACGCCGCGCCCAAGGCUGUAGCAGAGGCCGCGGACGCGGCUGUAGCCGCCGUCAACGCGCUGGCGCAGGCCGCCAUGGAUGCCACAACCUUCGUCACCGGCGCGGCGCCCGACGCCGUCGCAGACGCGGCGAAGGAGGCGGUGGCGGCGAUGGGCAAGGCCGCCACCGACGCGGCCAAGGGCGCGGCGGACAGUGCUGUCGGGCUCGCCACCGCCGCCGCCGACUCCACCAACGAGGCCGUCGCUGGCGCGGCCGAGGCCGCCAUCAGCGCGGCGGCGGCCGCCGCCGCCGCAGUGCUGCCGGCGGCGGAUGUCGCCGCCGCCGGCGGCCCUGCGCAGGUGGUGCUGAGCGACAAGGUGGUGUACGACCCGCCCUCGCCCGAGGCCGCGGCGGCGCGCAUGAGUGAGCGCGCCGGCAGCGUGUUGCAGUCGCUGGACCUGUUGAUCGCGUCCUUUGAGGGCCUGUCCGACUCCGACGAGCAGGCGCUGGCGGAGGUGGUGGCGGCGGGCGAGGCCAAGGCAGCCGCCACGGCCGCGGCGACCGCGGCCGCGGCGGUGCUGGAGGCGGGCGGAGCCGAUGACGGGCUGCUGCCGCCGCCUGUGGCGCCGGCGGCGCCAGUCAAGGUGCCGCCGUCCUUCGCCGCCGCCGCCGACAGCAGCACCACCGCCAACCUGGUCCUCAACCUGCCGCCCGUGCCCACGCCUGCGCCCGCCGCUGCGCCCGCGCCGUCACCCGUCAGCAUGCCCGCACCCAAGCCUGUGCUCGUGGCUGCCGCCGCUGCUACUGCCGCAUUUGCGCCUGCUACUGCCGCUGCUGCUACUGCCCAGCCUACUGCUGCGGCGGCGCCGUCUGCGGCGGUGCGCGCGGCGGCGAUUGCAGAGAUGCUGGCGCCGCUGCGGCCUAGCGUGCCGGGGCCGGUGCUGGACCGGCUGGCGCAGCUGAUGCUGCUGAUGCCUCAGGACCAAGUGCAGGAGCUGUCGGGAGCCAUCUCCGAUUCUGCCGGCGCAGCCGCCGCCGCCCCGGCCGCAGCUGCCGUGCCCAAGGAGGCCGCUGGCAGGGCCGCCCAGAUGCCUGCGGACCCGUGGCAGGGCGUGCCGCCCGCCAUCGUGGCGGCCCUCAACCGCAUCUACAACGUCUCCAUAGGCGAGGAGCCCGCCACCGCGCCCGGCGCCGUGCGUGGCAUGCUGCCCCCCUCGCCCGUGGCCCAGCGCCCCCUGCUGCCGCCCAGCCCCCAGCGCGCCGCGCUGCCAGCCACCGUCACCGCGCCCUCCACAUCCGUGACCGCGACCGCGACCGCGACCGCCGGCAACCCCAUCGCCAGCAUGCAAUUCCAGCCGCAGUCGCAGCCCCAGCCGCAGGCGCCCGCGUCCUCAUCCUCGCCGCCGCCGCCCUCCUCCCCGCAGCCCAACCCCACGCUGCAGCGCGCAGUGGCGGCCGCCGCCGCGCGCACCGCCGGCCCCGCUGGCGUCCCCGCCCCCGCCGGCCCGGACGCCGCCGCCACGCUGGUGCACCUCAAGUCGGGGCUGCUGGAUCUCGUGUACGGCACAGCGCGUGGCGUGCACGCGGCGCCGGUGACGCGGGCGGCCAUUGAGGAGUUCGUGUCGGCGCUGGAGGCACGCAACCCGCACAGCGUGCCCACAGAUGCCGUGUCAGCUCUGGCGGGUCGCUGGAAGCUUGUGUACACGAGCAACGUGGGCACGGUGAUGCUGCUGGGGGCGCUGGACAACCUGCCGCUGGUGGACGUGGGCGACGUGUGCCAGACCAUCGACCCCGUCACCCUCACAGCCACCAACAAGAUCGACAUCGCGGUGCCGGUGCUGCUGUCGCUGAGGGCCGAGGCGGGCCUGGAGGUGCGCUCGCCGCGGCAGUUCAAGGUGCAGUUCACCCGCGUGGGCCUGGACACAUUCAUCCGCACGCCGCAGCUCACGGCCGCGCUCGAGAUCCCCGAGUCGGUCACGGUGCUGGGCGCCACUCUGGACCUGGGCCCGCUGCGGCGCCUGGUGGAGCCCAUCAACAGCGGGCUGGAGGCGGCUCAGGACCUGCUGGGGCGCGCGGUGUCACCCGAGUUCGGCGUCAGCCAGGUGCCCAUGCCGCCCGGCAUUUCUCCCGGUGCGCUGUCCUCCGCCGCCAGCCUGUGGAUGCUGACCACCUACCUGGAUGACAACCUGCGCAUCAGCCGCGACGACGAGGGCCGCGUGUUCGUCAUGCUCAAGGACGUGGCGUGGCCCGGCCCAGACACCGUGCCCAAGUCCCCCCGGUGACUGCCUGUCUCCCGCGCCUGACACCUUGGCUUCAGCCGUACUGGCGUGUACGGGAUGAAUAUGGCCUUGAUGCCGUGAACGUGACAAAGCGUGUGUCUGCCAGACUCGCCGAUUGACUGCACCGUGAUGCUCUCAAUAUAAAGUGCAACUUGCAGCAGCGGCCAUUCAUGGUGGCGUAUGUUAGGUGGCAGUCUUGGUUGCAUUCUUAGUUGCAGUGAGCGAACGUGCUUGCCUGGUUGCAGUACGGUGCCCCAAAAUGAACAUUGCGUUUCUGGACUACGGAAUAACCGCUUGAAGUUGUGAUGUUGUGCACUAUACAAUUUUUUCCAAUAACCAUUGGCACCAAUGGCGCGUUCGCGUCUGGCCAGUCUGGCGGCGUGUGAACAUCCAACCGGAAGCAAGGACUUAACUGUCAGUAAUGAGGGCAUGAGGCGUGGAUGAUUUGCAGGUUGCAGUGAUGCAAGAGGGUGUGGGGAAGCUACGGGGGAACUGCGCGAUGUAGCCUGUGUUGCGCAUCAGUGGAAUGCACAUGACAGUAUUUGUCAGGCGCUCUGAGAUGCCUGACGGCAAACUGCGCUGUCAGGGGUGCAAUGCACACAAUGGAGAAAAGA